AUGUCACGACACAGGCGUAAUUUAUCCUACAGCAGAAGCCUAAGUCGCAGACGCUCUUGGAGUAGAAAUAGCCGUAGCCGCUCCCGCAGUCCCCCAAUCUACAGCGAUAGGCACGGUGCGGACAGAUACAACAAUGACAAAUAUUACAAGCAGGAUUCACAUGUUGACGCUGGAAAUUUGGAUUCCACAUCAGAUUACAAGUUGCAUUCUACAAAUGCGAGGAGUAAAGAUGGGCCCAAGGCCAGACCAUGGGGCCGGCCAAGCGUUGCCAGAUCAAGUGUCACUAGACGAUACAUCGACCAUAGGCAGUUUAUCGUAAUUAGAGAUCUGCCCAGUUCCCUAUGGGACCGGGAGGAAUUGGGCAGGAUUCUAUCCAAGCAAUCCAAGCCAAAAGAGUUUACUCUUAACGACAGUGACAAAUCGGUACUAGCGGACUAUGGGAGUUCUGAUCAGGCAAUUUCUGCCUAUAAAGAUCUAUCGCACCGACUUAAAGGGUGUAAACUAUCCAGAACUUCACUGGAAGAUUGGAAGAAAGAUAACCACAACAACAAAUAUGAAUCGGAGGAUUUUCGAGAAAAAUCCAAAAAAAUAACCUCCCUCGAGUCAAUGAAAAGGAAUCUCAUCGAAAAAUACUCGGCGCAACUUAAGGAAUUAGUAUCUAGUUUAUCCACAUAUAGUGGAGAUGAGAAGAGUGAUUUGUUGGAUCAGGUACAUAAGCUCAAGAAUAGGAUCAAAAUUUUGAGCAUGCCAAAAUUAAAAACGCAGAGGUACCAGCAUUCCAUUGACAACAGACCCUCCACACUCGUGUUUGAGUCCCUCCCCGAAUGUGCCCAGGGUAGAAUUGAUGUCUCAUGUAGGGCCUGGUAA